AUGCCAUUCUCUCACUCAUCUGUGUUCCUAUCAAUUAAGCACAAUCCAAAAACACAGCAAAACAACCUAACACCUCAAUCUCCAAGAAUAUCCACGUUCAUGUCGCUAGCGUCUAGAUCUCUUCAGCUAUACACCCGAAGCCUCCGCAAGAAUGUACCACUCUUAACCCGGCGCGGGGCGCAAUUCACGCUUCCGAAUCUCGCUCGUCAGCCUUUCUCGACUCGAACUACUCUUCUAAAUAAACAACAUGCAUCAUCCUCUCAAGCGCAGUCUAAGAUUGCAGCGCAGAGAGAACCUGUCGAAAGCGCUCCGGAAUUACCCGCCCUGAAUCUGGACUCGCUAGGCCUGGGUAGGAAUAUGAAGAUACUCGUCAUUGUUCUGUUGAGCAUUUUCGGAACCAUGGAGACAUACUUCUAUUGUCGGGCGAUAUGGCGAUGGUGGAAAGGAAGCGGUGACGAGGAGACGGUUCAUGACGCAAAGUGA